CCCCGUGGGCCGCGGCUGGGGGCGGGGCUUGUUUCGUGGGUUUCCCUCCGUUACAGCCCGGCGGGGGCCAGGGAGGGCCCCGGGCAGGGCGCGGCAGGGCCGGGGCUGAGCGAGGGGCCGAGGCGGCGGGCCGGGCCGGGUCGAGUCGAGUCGGGUCGGGUGGGGCCGGGCCCGCUGGUCGUUGGGGCUCGUCAGCAAGGGCGCGCCCGGAGCCCGCUAUCCCUCCCGGGAGGGGCGAGGCCUGCGGGCCGGAGUGCGAUUUGUCUCGCUGGGCGAGGGGAGGGCGGUGUGUAACGGCGGUAAGCUGCCGGCUCCGGUUGCAGAUCGAGUGCUGCCGAGGAGGCGGCGGUGGGGUUCUGUGCUUGUUUCAAAUCAAUAUAUUCACUAUCAAGAGCCUUGUGAGGCACAGCAAGCUUUCUGCUGACAUCCGCUUUGCGAUGUGACGUUAACGCAUGGCACUGUCCCGUGGUUCAAGGAUUUUCAAACCCGAAGGACACGGCUUGUGAUCACCAUGGCUGCAGUGGAUCGUUUCUACCUCUUGUACAGAGAGAUCAGUCGUUCCUGCAAUUUUUACAUAGAGGCCCUGGCUAUAGUUGGCGCUUGGUACACAGUCAGAAAAUGUGUCUCUCUUGCGUUUGACACUUACAGCAUGCUUAGGUUGCAUUUAAUCCCAAAGCUGGGUGGCGAGAUUGAUCUUGUAAAGCAGUAUGGAAAAUGGGCCGUGGUCACUGGUAGCACCGAUGGUAUCGGGAAGGCAUAUGCUGAGGAACUGGCGAAGCGUCGUGUCAACAUCAUCUUAAUCAGUCGAAAUAAAGAGAAGCUAGAGGCUGUAUCUAGAAGCAUAUCUGAAACCUAUAAAGUGGAAACAGAUUUCAUAGUAGCUGACUUCAGCAAGGGGCGUGAGCCUUACGCAGCCAUUAAGAAGGCUCUGAAAGACAGAGAAAUUGGCAUUUUGGUGAAUAAUGUAGGAAUGUUUUAUCCCUACCCGGACUAUUUUACCAAUGUGUCUGAAGAUGUGCUGUGGGACAUGAUCAACAUAAAUAUUGCUUCUGCUAACAUGAUGACACAUAUUGUGCUGCCGGGAAUGGUAGAGAAGAAGAAAGGGGCAAUUGUGAAUGUUUCUUCUGCAUCCUGUUGUCAGCCGACACCAAUGUUGACAAUCUAUGGAGCCUCUAAAACCUACUUGGACUAUUUCAGUAGAGCACUACAUUAUGAAUAUGCCUCAAAAGGAAUUUUUGUUCAGAGUUUAACCCCAUUCAUGAUUGUUACAAAAAUGGCAGAGUGCAGAAGCAGUGUAUCAAGGAGAUCUUUCUUUUUUCCUUCUGCUGAAGAAUAUGUAAGUCAUGCUAUUUCUACUCUUGGGUUAUCCACAAGGACUACUGGUUACUGGAAGCAUGCAAUAAAGUUCACAUUGGGUGAGCACCUACCUGAAUGGAUCUGGGCAUGGUUUGCAAUGUAUUUUUGCAGAACUGUACGCAAGGAAGCUUUAACACACAAAGUGAAAUAGGAGUUAUCUGGAUGUCCUGCGUAACAAGUAGUAUAUUCUGAUCAGAGUGCUGCAAAAAUGUUCAGUGAACCUUUGUGGACUUAGGGCAACUUACCCAUACCUUGCUAAACAAGCUACGUGUAACCUGGACAUCAGAAGUCUGGAUCCUCUCUGUAUCCUUGUAUUAAAUAGCUCCUCCACUGCUUUUCCUCCACGACAAAGAGCUGAUCUUGUUGAGGUUAAUUUCCAUUCACCGUCUCUUCAAGGUAAUUGGGCAGGAGCAGGUAUAGUUUUAAUUCCGACGGUAAAUGACUGUCUCUUGCAUAGGGCUACAUGAUGUCAACUUGCAAAGUUGACAGAAUUUGAGAAUUCUCCAAAUCUGUUAGAAAUGGGCCCCCAAAAAAUCAUGCUGUUCAAAAAGACAAUCCCAGUCAACUGUAUUAAGUUUCUUUAAUAUGUAGUUUUGCAUAACUUUUCUGUCUUCUAAAUUUAGGCAGAAGUUUGUAUGUUUUAAGUGCAAAUGUUGUUGCUUUCAAAUGAUGUUAUUUAAGGAACUUCUCAAAAUUUAAGGUGUAUGGCAAGGUACUAUUGACUUGGAGGUUGUUUAAAUGACUGAAAAGGUCUCACAGAGCUGUAAAGGAAUUUGGAGAUAAGAUUGUAUGCUUUCUUAUUAGUGUGAAUGAUCUUGAUAAUACUUUAAAUAUUGCUUCAGCAAUCUGAAAUAUGGCUGGAAAAUUCAAUAAAGAAUAUAAAAACACAUUAGCUGUAGAAAAAUAAUGAAGAAAUAAUGUUUUGAUUUAAAAAUAGUGAUUGGUUUCCUAAGAUAAUUAAAAAACCAACUUACUGAAGUUUUGAUGUGGUAUGAUUUGGAUGCUUUUGUUUAUAUAAAUAAAUAUGUUUAUGCAUAUGUA